CAAUCAGAGCGCUGGAAUGAGAACUGCCCAAUCAGGCGCGCAGCCGGAGAGGAGGGGGCGGCAUCCGGGAUCUAGCGCGGCCUUGGCGUCUUGCUUCCGCCAGAGCUGGGUUAGGGCGUCACCGUCCUGCUUCCACCUCUCAGGGAGGCUUCGGUGACUCUGCCACAGCCUCAGCCUCCGCCUCCGUCGCUCUGUGACCAGCGGGUAUUGGAUGAUUCUACCUAAGACUUCGCGACACCCUUGAAGCCCUGAAAUGGAACCCUUAACAUUCAGGGAUGUGGCCAUAGAAUUCUCUCCAGAAGAGUGGAAAUGCCUGGACCCUGCCCAGCAGAAUUUAUAUAGAGAUGUGAUGUUGGAGAACUACAGAAACCUGGUCUCCCUGGCUAUGUGUUCUCAUUUCACCCAAGACUUUUUGCCAGGGCAGGGGAUAGAAGAUUCAUUCCACAAAUGUAUACUGAGAAGAUAUGAGAAAUGUGGGCAUGAGAAUUUACAAUUAAGGAGAGACUGUAAAAGUAUGAAUGUGUGUAAAGUGCAGAAAGGAGGUUAUAAUGUAAUUAAUCAAUGCUUGCCAAAUACCCAGAGCAAAAUAUUUCAGUGUAAUGCAGGUGUCAAAGUUUUUAGUAAAUUUGCAAAUUCAAACAAAGACAAGACAAGACAUACUGGAGAGAAACACUUGAAAUGUAACCAAUACGGCAAGUCAUUUCAGAAGUUCUCAGACAUAACUCAACAUAAAGGAAUUCAUGCUGGAGAGAAACCCUACACAUGUGAAGAAUGUGGCAAAGCCUUUGGACGGUCCACAGCCCUGAAUCAACACAAGAAAAUUCAUACUGGAGAGAAACCUUACAAAUGUGAAGAGAGUGGCAAAGCCUUUAGUAGGUCAAGAAACCUUGCUGCACAUAAGAGAAUUUACACAGGAGAGAAACUCUACACAUGUGAAGAUCGUGGCAGAGCCUUUGGAUGGUCCACAAACCUGAAUGAAUAUAAGAAAAUUCAUACUGGAGAUAAACCCUACAAAUGUAAAGAACGGGGGGAAGUGUUUAAACAGUCCUCACACCUGAAUAGACAAGAGAAAAUUCAUACUAGAAAGAAACCCAUCAAAUGUAAGGAAUGUGGCAAAGUCAUUACCUCAUCCUCAAGCUUUGCUCAACAUAAGAGGAUUCAUACAGGUGAGAAACCCUUUAAAUGUUUAGAAUGUGGUAAAGCCUUUAAUCGUUCCACAGUCCUUACUAAACAUAGGAGAAUUCAUACUGGAGAGAAACCCUACACAUGUGAAGAAUGCGGCAAAGCGUUUAGACAGUCUGCAAUCCUUUAUGUACAUAGGAGAAUUCAUACUGGAGAGAAACCCUACACAUGUGAAGAAUGUGGCAAAACCUUUAGACAGUCUGCAAACCUGUAUGCACAUAGGAGAAUUCAUACCAGAGAGAAACCUUACAAAUGUGAAGAGUGUGGCAAAGCAUUUGGACAGUACACAGACCUGAAUCGACAUAAGAACAUUCAUACUCGAGAGAAACCUUCCAAAUGUGAAGAGUGUGGCAAACACUUUGCAUGGCACACAGACCUGAAUCAACACAAGAAAACUUAUACUGGGGAGAAACCUUCCAAAUGUGAAGACUGUGGCAAAGCCUAUGCCCCAUCAACAGCCCUGAAUCAACACAAGAAAAUUCUUACUGGAGAGAAAAGUUACAAAUGUGAAGAGUGUGGCAAAGCCUUUGGACGGUACACAGCCCUGAAUCAACACAAGAAAAUUCAUACUGGAGAGAAACCUUACAAAUGUGAAGAGAGUGGCAAAGCCUAUGCCCCAUCAACAGACCUGAAUCAACACAAGAAAAUUCUUACUGGAGAGAAAAGUUACAAAUGUGAAGAGUGUGGCAAAGCCUUUGGACGGUACACAGCCCUGAAUCAACACAAGAAAAUUCAUACUGGAGAGAAACCUUACAAAUGUGAAGAGAGUGGCAAAGCCUUUAGUAGGUCAAGAAACCUUGCUGCACAUAAGAGAAUUUACACAGGAGAGAAACUCUACACAUGUGAAGAUCGUGGCAGAGCCUUUGGAUGGUCCACAAACCUGAAUGAAUGUAAGAAAAUUCAUACUGGAGAUAAACCCUGCAAAUGUAAAGAACAGGGGGAAGUGUUUAAACAGUGCUCACACCUGAAUAGACAUGAGAAAAUUCAUACUAGAAAGAAACCCAUCAAAUGUAAGGAAUGUGGCAAAGUCAUUACCUCAUCCUCAAGCUUUGCUCAACAUAAGAGGAUUCAUACAGGUGAGAAACCCUUUAAAUGUUUAGAAUGUGGUAAAGCCUUUAAUCGUUCCACAGUCCUUACUAAACAUAGGAGAAUUCAUACUGGAGAGAAACCCUACACAUGUGAAGAAUGCGGCAAAGCGUUUAGACAGUCUGCAAUCCUUUAUGUACAUAGGAGAAUUCAUACUGGAGAGAAACCCUACACAUGUGAAGAAUGUGGCAAAACCUUUAGACAGUCUGCAAACCUGUAUGCACAUAGGAGAAUUCAUACGGGAGAGAAACCUUACAAAUGUGAAGAGUGUGGCAAAGCCUUUGGACAAUACACAGACCUGAAUCGACAUAAGAACAUUCAUACUCGAGAGAAACCUUCCAAAUGUGAAGAGUGUGGCAAACACUUUGCAUGGCACACAGACCUGAAUCAACACAAGAAAACUUAUAGUGGGGAGAAACCUUCCAAAUGUGAAGACUGUGGCAAAGCCUAUGCCCCAUCAACAGCCCUGAAUCAACACAAGAAAAUUCAUACUGGAGAGAAACCUUACAAAUGUGAAGAGAGUGGCAAAGCCUUUAGUAGGUCAAGAAACCUUGCUGCACAUAAGAGAAUUUACACCGGAGAGAAACCCUACACAUGUGAAGAUCGUGGCAGAGCCUUUGGAUGGUCCACAAACCUGAAUGAAUAUAAGAAAAUUCAUACUGGAGAUAAACCCUACAAAUGUAAAGAAUGUGGGAAAGUGUUUAAACAGUCCUCACACCUGAAUAGACAUGAGAAAAUUCAUACUGGAAAGAAACCCUUCAAAUGUAAGGAAUAUGGCAAAGUCAUUACCUCAUCCUCAAGCUUUGCUAAACAUAAGAGGAUACAUACAGGUGAGAAACCUUUCAAAUGUUUAGAAUGUGGUAAAGCCUUUAAUCGUUCCACAGUCCUUACUAAACAUAGGAGAAUUCAUACUGGAGAGAAACCCUACACAUGUGAAGAAUGCGGCAAAGCGUUUAGACAGUCUGCAAUCCUUUAUGUACAUAGGAGAAUUCAUACUGGAGAGAAACCCUACACAUGUGAAGAAUGUGGCAAAACCUUUAGACAGUCUGCAAACCUUUGUGCACAUAGGAGAAUUCAUACCAGAGAGAAACCUUACAAAUGUGAAGAGUGUGGCAAAGCAUUUGGACGCUACACAGACCUGAAUCGACAUAAGAACAUUCAUACUCGAGAGAAACCUUCCAAAUGUGAAGAGUGUGGCAAACACUUUGCAUGGCCCACAGACCUGAAUCAACACAAGAAAACUUAUACUGGGGAGAAACCUUCCAAAUGUGAAGACUGUGGCAAAGCCUAUGCCCCAUCAGCAGACCUAAAUCAACACAAGAAAAUUCCUACUGGAGAGAAAAGUUACAAAUGUGAAGAGUGUGGCAAAACCUUCGGACGGUCCACAGCCCUGAAUCAACACAAGAAAAUUCAUACUGGAGAGAAACCUUACAAAUGUGAAGAAAGUGGCAAAGCCUUUAGUAGGUCAAGAAACCUUGCUGCACAUAAGAGAAUUUACACCAGAGACAAACCCUACACAUGUGAAGAUCGUGGCAGAGCCUUUGGAUGGUCCACAAACCUGAAUGAAUGUAAGAAAAUUCAUACUGGAGAUAAACCCUACAGAUGUAAAGAACAGGGGGAAGUGUUAAAACAGUGCUCACACCUGAAUAGACAAGAGAAAAUUCACACUGGAAAGAAACCCUACAAAUGUGAGGAAUGUGGCAAAGUCAUUACCACAUCCUCAAGCUUUGCUAAACAUAAGAGGAUUCAUACAGGUGAGAAACCCUUUAAAUGUUUAGAAUGUGGUAAAGCCUUUAAUAGUUCCACAGUCCUUAUUAAACAUAGGAGAAUUCAUACUGGAGAGAAACCCUACACAUGUGAAGAAUGUGGCAAAGCCUUUAGACAGUCCGCAAUCCUUUAUGUACAUAGGAGAAUUCAUACUGGAGAGAAACCUUACAAAUGUGAAGAGUGUGGCAAAACCUUUAGACAGUCUGCAAACCUUUAUGCACAUAGGAGAAUUCAUACUGGAGAGAAACCUUACAAAUGUGAAGAGUGUGGCAAAGCCUUUGGACGCUACACAGACCUGAAUCGACAUAAGAACAUUCAUACUCGAGAGAAACCUUACAAAUGUGAAGAGUGUGGCAAACACUUUGCAUGGCACAUAGACCUGAAUCAACACAAGAAAAUUCAUACUGGAGAGAAAAGUUACAAAUGUGAAGAGUGUGGUAAAGCCUUUGGACAGUCCACAGCCCUGAAUCAACACAAGAAAAUUCAUACUGGAGAGAAACCUUACAAAUGUGAAGAGGAUGACAAAGCCUUUAGUAGGUCAAGAAACCUUGCUGCACAUAAGAGAAUUUACACCGGAGAGAAACCCUACACAUGUGAAGAUCAUGGCAGAGCCUUUCGAUGGUUCAGAAACCUGAAUGAAUAUAAGAAAAUUCAUACUGGAGAUAAACCCUACCAAUGUAAAGAAUGGGGGGAAGUGUUUAAACAGUCCUCACACCUGAAUAGACAAGAGAAAAUUCAUACUGGAAAGAAACCCUACAAAUGUGAGGAAUGUGGCAAAGUCAUUACCACAUCCUCAAGCUUUGCUAAACAUAAGAGGAUACAUACAGGUGAGAAACCCUUUAAAUGUUUAGAAUGUGGUAAAGCCUUUAAUAGUUCCACAGUCCUUACUAAACAUAGGAGAAUUCAUACUGGAGAGAAACCCUACGCAUGUGAAGAAUGCGGCAAAGCCUUUAGACAGUCCGCAAUCCUUUAUGUACAUAGGAGAAUUCAUACUGGAGAGAAACCCUACACAUGUGAAGAAUGUGGCAAAACCUUUAGACAGUCUGCAAACCUUUAUGCCCAUAAGAAAAUUCAUACUGGAGAUAAACCAUACCAGUGUAAAGGAUGUGGCAAAGCCUUUAAGCCGUACUCCAGCCUUCUUAAACAUCAGAGAACUCAUACCAGGGGAAUGUCUUAUAAAGGUCGCAGUCUUUAAAUAUUCUUCUAGCCUUUCUAAUUUUAAGAUAUUUCAUCAUGGAGAGAAACGCUACAAAUACGAAAAAUGUGAGAAAGCUUUUAACCACACCUCAAUCUGUUGUUAACAAUAAGUAAUUAUAUUGAAGCCGGGCGCGGUGGCUCAAGUCUGUAAUCCCAGCACUUUGGGAGGCCGAGACGGGCGGAUCACGAGGUCAGGAGAUCAAGACCAUCCUGGCUAACAUGGUGAAACCUCGUCUCU